AUGAGUGAAUCAGACAGGAGAUACUUAUUUGAAAAAGCCAUGGAAGGAGAUUGGGAAGCAGUGGUGACGAUAUACGAGGACCAGCCCUGGGCCGGCAGGGAAGAGAUCACGAAAGGCAACACAGCGCUCCAUAUAGCUGUCUUGGAUCGUCAAGAAAGCAUUGUUCAAAAACUAGUGCAGGUUAUUGGUAACCAAAAGGAUGUUCUCGACAUAAAAAAGGAGCAAGGGGAUACCCCUCUCCAUUUGGCAGUAGCAAUAGGAAAUGUUUCAAUGUGCUUACACAUUGCUUGCGGCCAUCCAUACCUCGUGGGUGUUUGCAACAAAGAACUCGAACCUCCUCUCUUCGUGGCUGCUCGCCAUGGAAAGAUUGGCGCUUUCUUUUGCCUCCUGGAUAUGUCUGGCAGCCGAGCCCAAUUUUAUGGGAAGCUUCGGAACAAAAAUGGUGAAACAAUUCUUCACUGUGCCAUCGCUGGAGGACACUCCAAAUUGGCAUAUUUAAUGGCUCAACAGUACGAAGAUCUUGUUAACACCAUCAGCGACAGGGGAGCCAGCCCUCUCCAUUUACUGGCAAAUAAGCAUACUGCAUUCAGAAGUGGAACUCACCUCAGUCCGGUUGACAAACUCAUUUAUCAUUGUAAGUAUUCCCAACCAACCUAAUCAUAAUGUUAGCAGUGUUGAAAUCCGUGAAUACCCCUCGUACACCUUUAUUUUUGCU